AUCUCAAUGAUCCUGAAAUUACAAUUGAUCUGCACGAAGAUAAUACCAGAAAACCCUCUAAAUAUAAUAUAUUUUGGAAAACUACAACUCAAUACCUUAUGAGCAAAGCUGCAGAUUCUAUAAUAGCUGUAGAUGAACAAUGCCAUGAUACUGUUAUUCACUUUGCAAUAGCAAUUUCAGCAAAUGAUUUGUUAGUACAAAUCAAAAAUGAAUAUGCAUCUGAAACUGCAAUUCCUAGCUCAUAG